AAGAGGCAGCUGCAUUAGAGAAUCAUGUUAAGCUCGGCUAAUGCGGAGAGCCCGAGGUAGCCUAAUGAUGGAUUUUGAUGAGCGUGUUCCUUGUUCCUCUAACAUGUAUUUGCCAAGUUGUACUUACUACGUUUCGGGUCCUGAUUUCUCCAGCCUCCCUUCCUUCCUGCCCCAGACCCCGUCUUCUCGCCCCAUGACAUACUCCUACUCCUCCAACCUACCCCAGGUCCAACCUGUGCGAGAAGUCACCUUCCGGGAGUAUGCCAUUGAUCCGGCCAGUAAGUGGCACCCCCGGAACAAUCUCCCCCACUGCUACUCGGCCGAGGAGAUCAUGCACAGAGACUGCCUGCCGGCCACCAACACGGCGGCGGCGGCGGCGGCGGCGGCCAGCAUGGGCGAGAUGUUCGGCAAAAGCCCGGCCAACGUCUACCACCACCCCGCCGCGGCCGGCACCAACAACGUCUCCUCCAAUUUCUAUAGCACGGUGGGGCGGAACGGGGUGCUGCCCCAGGCUUUCGACCAGUUCUUCGAGACCGCCUAUGGCACGGCGGAGAACCACGCGGACUACGCCGGAGAGAAGAGCGGCGAGAAAGCGCCGGCCUCGGGAGCCGCUCCGGUGGUGGCGGCGGCGGCGGCAGCAGCCACGGCGGCGGCAGAGGAGAAGGAGAGACGGCGGCGGCUGGAGAGCAGCAGCAGCCCAGGCUCGUCUUCCGGCAACAAUGAGGAGAAAUCCAGCGGCUCCAGUGGACAACGUACCCGUAAAAAGAGAUGCCCAUACACCAAAUAUCAGAUUAGAGAAUUAGAAAGGGAAUUCUUCUUCAGUGUCUAUAUAAACAAAGAGAAACGCCUCCAGCUCUCCCGAAUGCUCAACUUGACCGACCGUCAAGUAAAAAUAUGGUUUCAAAACAGAAGAAUGAAAGAGAAAAAAAUUAACAGGGACCGAUUACAAUAUUACUCAGCUAAUCCACUACUUUAAAACUCGUAGCAUUUUUCAGAACGAGAUUAAAUUCAGAUCUCGCCCUUGACAAGGUCAAGCCACAAGGUUACCUAUGAGAAGAAGUUUUGUAAGAUGAUGGAGGACUCUGAAAAACUAGGUGUCCCCCCCUCGUGUUUCUUUUAAAGCAAAAGUACAGAUUUUUUUUUCUUUUUGAAGUCCUGCUUGACGUAUCAACUGGAAUCAGUUUGGAGCCCAAUAUCUUUUGGUCCGCGUUCAGUUUCCACUUCUUAUCUUCACACACCACAGUUCUGUUAACGGGGAGUGAAGUAUUGGCUUCAGAAUCAUUUGAACUUUAUUAACUUGGUUUACUGUGGAGCGUUGGUUGGAAGGAUACACAUGGCAGCAUCCGAGUUUGAGGAUAAAUGAAAAAAGCCAAGCCAAAAAAGAGAAUCUUCAAAUGCCCCCUUCCCUAUUUUGCUAUAGAUGCACAACCGGCUGUCCCGCAUUACCCUUCCUUCCCUCCCUCGUCUUCCACAAGAAGGUUUACCCUCCUUACCAAUUAAAAUCUAAAAUGCUUUUAAAAAAAUGCUUAAUUCCUUGCAAGGCCAAUCAUAAAUGUCUGCUGAGAACCGACGUUGAAUAUAACUGUGCUGCGUUAGCGAGAGAAAUGUCCUAUAAGACUUGACGAGCUCCUUUUGAAACGAUUUCAGGUACCACUUUGCCAUAUAUGGUAAAGAAACAAUCACGGACCAGGCGAAUUCCUAGCAAUUCGAAUUCGCUCUCGUUUUAAUGAGUAACGACUGUCGAAAUGUGGCCACCCUUUUUGAGACAAAUCAUAAUGUUUGUAUUUAUGUGCUUAAACAAUGGGGAGCGGUGGAGAGAGGGAUACAGAAGGACUAAUCUAAUACUUGCAAAAGGGUAAAUCAGUUUAAGGAAGCUUCUGGCUUCUGUCUCACAAUCUUUCUUCAGGAAAUACCUGUGGACAACGACAGUUUGGCAAAGACCGCGCGACACUUAAUUUGACUUUGGAUGUAUCCAAUGCACUGAGAUCAGACCCUUAAACUAAGAAAGGUUUCCUUAGAAGGCCCAGCAGACAGACCUUAAUGUAGAAAGCCAACGAUGUAAAUAGGAUGAAUUCGUUUCCAAACCUUGCUGUCCACUGUUAAUGUCGUAAGUUCUACUUGGUCAUUCAGACAGCAGAAUCAAAGAAUGGAGAGUUCCUUGGAGUUAUUUUAAGUAUAUAUAAAGAAAUAUAUUUCCCAGCAGGAACCAAAG